CUCGGGCUAAAAGCUGUGGUGACCUUGUGCUGGAUCAAGUUGUACAAGUUUAUAGACUUGAAGACCUUCAAAAGUGAUGAACUUAACUCUCACCUCAUUAUGUGUGCAUAUGCCGCCGGUCGCACCUAAGUGUCCAUAUGAUAUUUACCUAGUUCAAAUAUAUCCCAGUUUAUCGUAUCAUUGUGCAUAUUGACUUAAUACUGAUUAUCGGUGCGCUCUAACUCAAUUGUAUAUUUACAUCGGUUGUAAAUCCAAAAAAAUUAUCAUGCGAUUGGGACGAAUUUUGCAGCAGAAUCUACGGUAUGAAGACCUGCAAAGAAUACGAGCCACGAAUGUACAUGUGAGCGUGAAUAAAGCCACGCUGUACAGAAAACCUCUGGCCAUUCGAAACGCUUCUAUGCAAUGGAUGUACGAUUUGAAUGGGAAAAAAUACCUGGACUUUUUUGGUGGCAUUGUUACAGUCGGUGUGGGCCAUUGCCAUCCGAAAGUAAAUGACGCUCUCAUACAACAAAUCAACAAGGUAUGGCACACAACCAACAUUUAUUACAACGAACCGUUUCACGCAUAUGCCGAGAAAUUAGCGUCCACUCUGCCUGGAGAUCUAAAGACGGUUUAUCUGGUCAACAGUGGAUCAGAAGCAAAUGACUUGGCUUUAUUGAUGGCUCGAGUGUCAACUGGAAACUAUGAUGUGAUUGCCCUAAGAAAUGGUUAUCAUGGAAUGUCUCCCAACACCAUGGGGCUCACGGGGCAUUCGACGUGGAAGCAAAAUUCUCCACAUUAUUUUGGAAUUCAUCACGCCAUGAAUCCAGACGUAUACAAAGGAAUUUGGGGUGGAGAAAGUUGUAGGGAUUCUCCUGUACAGACUGACCGGAAGUGUGCGUGCUCAGGGGGCGUUUGUCAAGCGGCGGACAAAUAUGUGGAACAGUUGGAGGAGGUGCUGACAUAUUCAGUCCCGCAAAGGAAAGUUGCUGCCAUGUUCAUCGAAUCCAUUCAAGGUGUGGGCGGGGUGGUGCAGUACCCGAAAGGAUACGUGAAAAAGGCUCAAGACCUGAUUCGGAAGAACGGAGGAGUCAUAAUUUCAGACGAAGUUCAGACAGGUUUUGGGCGGACUGGGGAUCACUUGUGGAAUUUCGAGUCGCAUGGGAUAAUUCCGGAUAUCGUCACAAUGGCCAAGAGCAUCGGAAACGGAUUCCCCAUGGCCGCCGUUGUGACCACUCCCAAAAUUGCUCAAUCUCUCGCCAAUGCCAGCCAUUUUAACACUUUUGGAGGCAACCCCAUGGCAAGUGCAGUGGGAAAAGCGGUCCUUGAGGUAAUCGAAGAGGAGAAACUGCAACAACACUGCAAAACCGUGGGCACUUACUUUCUCAAAGAGCUUGAAAAGUUUCGAGCAGAGUUCAGCAACGUGGGAGAUGUGCGAGGGAAGGGCUUCAUGAUAGGAAUUGAAAUGGUCGAAAACAAGGAGACGCGGAAACAACUGGCUCUGGAGAAAGUGUUGGACAUAUUUGAGGACUUAAAAGACGAAGGCCUUCUGGUUGGGCGGGGUGGUCAUUAUGGAAAUGUUUUCAGGCUUUCUCCACCGAUGUGUGCCACCAAAGCAGAUGUAGAUUUUGCCCUUCCCAUUUUCCGCAAAGUCUUCAAAAAACAUGCGACAUAAACGUUUAUUUUUUCUCUCAUUAUUAUCCCGUUCUAAUAUAUUUUGAGAAAUAAAAAUUUUCAACUCUA